CAAGGCCAGCCAGGGCGAGCGCGCGGCGGACGGCUUCCCGGGCCCCGGCGGAGCCCGGAGCCCGGAGCCCGGAGCCCGGAGCCCGGCGGGGCGACCGGCGCGAUGUUCCCCCGGGACACGACGUGGAACAUCUCGUUCGCGGGCUGCGGCUUCCUCGGCAUCUACCACAUCGGCGUGGCCUCCUGCCUCCGCGAGCACGCGCCCUUCCUGGUGGCCAACGCCACGCACAUCUAUGGCGCCUCGGCCGGGGCGCUCACGGCCACGGCGCUCGUUACCGGGGUCUGCCUGGGUGAGGCUAGUGCCAGUAUGAUUGAGGUGUCUAAGGAGGCCAGGAAGCGGUUCCUGGGCCCACUGCACCCCUCCUUCAAUCUGGUGAAGAUCAUCCGUGGCCGCCUGCUGAAGGUACUGCCUGACAACAGCCAUGAACGGGCCAGCGGGCGCCUGGGUAUCUCCCUGACCCGUGUCUCGGACGGCGAGAAUGUCAUCAUAUACCACUUCAGCUCCAAGGAGGAGCUCAUCCAGGCCAAUGUCUGCAGCACCUUCAUUCCCGUGUACUGCGGCCUCAUCCCCCCCUCCCUGCAGGGCGUGCGGUAUGUGGAUGGCGGCAUCUCAGACAACCUGCCACUUUAUGAGCUCAAGAACACUAUCACCGUGUCCCCCUUCUCGGGUGAGAGCGACAUCUGCCCGCAGGACAGCUCCACCAACAUCCACGAGCUGCGGGUCACCAACACUAGCAUCCAAUUCAACCUGCGCAACCUCUACCGUCUCUCCAAGGCCCUCUUCCCCCCGGACCCUGUGGUGCUGCGCGAGAUGUGCAAGCAGGGCUACAGAGACGGACUGCGCUUCCUGCGGCGGAAUGGCCUUCUGAACCGGCCCAACCCCCUGGUGGCGCUGCCCCCGGCCAGCCCCUGCGCCCCUGCGGAUGAGACCGCGGAGGAGGCCGCGGCCGUGGAGAGGUCCCGAGCGGAGGACCACCUGCAGCCGCCCCGGGAGGAUCACAUCCUGGAGCACCUGCCUGCCAGGCUCAAUGAGGCCCUGCUAGAGGCCUGCGUGGAGCCCAAGGACCUUAUGACCACCUUCUCCAACAUGCUGCCCGUGCGCCUGGCCAUGGCCAUGAUGGUGCCCUACACGCUGCCGCUGGAGAGCGCCGUGUCAUUCACCAUCCGCUUGCUGGAGUGGCUGCCAGACGUCCCCGAGGACAUCCGGUGGAUGAGGGAGCAGACGGCGAGUAUCUGCCAGUACCUGAUGAUGCGCGCCAAAAGGAAGCUGGGCGGCCACCUGUCCGCCCGGCUCUCCGAGCAGGUGGAGUUGCGCCGCACCCAGUCCCUGCCCUCCGUGCCGGUGUCCUGCGCCACCUACAGCAAGGCGCUACCCGUUUGGAUGCGCAACAACCUCUCGCUUGGGGACGCGCUGGCCAAGUGGGAGGAGUGCCAGCGCCAGCUGCUGCUUGGUCUUUUCUGCUCCAACGUGGCCUUCCCGCCCGACGCCCUGCGCAUGCGCCCGCCCACCGGCCCCGCGCCCGCCCCCGCGCCCGCCCCCGCCCCCGCCCCCUCGCAGCCCCCGCCCGACUUACCCCGGUGCUGAGCGCGCCCGCCGGGCCUUCCCAAGUCCCUUGGGGUUCCGGUGCCGAGGGCCAGGCCCCCAGCCUCCCUGGCCGGUGAGGCAGGGCCCUGGGGCGGCCGAGGCCCCACACCCUUCUCCGCAUUCCCCAUUGGCUGUAGAGUGAGGGCGUGGGGCCCCUCGGCUGCGGGGAGGAGCGCUUGCUGUGACUCCUCCCCGCACAAACCGCUCACUGCUGCACUGAGUGGGGAGGGGUGCGGACGACCUCCGCUCCGCAGACGGCCCCCUCACCUGUGCCUUAACCUCCUCUUCCCUCCACCCGCCUGGGGCUCCCGGACCGGCCCUGCACGGUGCCCGCCGGCAGUGCAGAGUUACUUCUGAGAACUUUGCACGGGCUUCUCCCUCCCGAUUCGUGUUUUGCUGAGGAAUGUGUGUCGGGAAUUAUUUAUUUUCGCUAAAUCGGAUUUAAUAAAAGCCACAACUCAG